CUACUGUUCCCACAACCGCUUGCAAACGUAAAUGGCGUGGCGAGUGGCAAGUAUCUGUGACUGAAAAGGUCGUGGCCGCCUUCGGUUUGUUCGGACUCCUUCAACAAGUGAAAGGUACAAAGGAAAACACGGCAAUGUUCCGUUCAACGGCUGCGGGAACUUUGCACCGAGAGUAAACUGCGGGGCGAUGCCUCCGGCUGCUUGCAGAGGACGCAAGAGGGCUGGAAUAAUUCCUGGUCUUUCCUUGGGGGCAAAAGCAGCUAGUAAAUCAUAAUGCUUUCCGCUUUUAUGCGAGGAAUCUGCUGUAGUGACCAGAUACUGAGGUCUCCGGUGAAGCAGGCGCUUGCACGACAUAGGAAGGCCUUUCUAAGCACUUGGGCACGCUCCAGAGUAGGGCAAGGGCUGAGCCAUGACCAUGUCUUGAGCCCUGAGAUAGGCUACGAGGGCAUAAGGCGAAGCUUUUGGGUCCCGGUGAGUCCCCUGAGAGCCGAAAAAUCCGAAAACAAGGGCUCGCAAGUGCCUGUGCAAAGAAGUCAAAAGGGAGACGCUUCUCUGUCAGCUGCUCAGAAAGUGAAAGAGGCUGGAAGAGAUUUCACCUAUUUAAUAGUGGUGGUCAUUGGAAUCGGUGUGACAGGUGGGUUAUUCUAUGUGAUUUUUAGGGAGUUAUUCUCUUCUUCCAGUCCCAGUAAAAUCUAUGGAGAUGCCUUGGAGAAAUGCAGAGCUCACCCUGAGGUAGUAGGUGUUUUUGGCGAACCCAUAAAAGGCUAUGGUGAAGCUACACGCCGUGGGAGAAGACAGCUAGUCAGCCAUAUUGAGUAUGUAAAAGAUGGAUUGAAAUACAUGCGUCUAAAAUUCUACAUUGAGGGAUCUGAAAAAGGAAAACAAGGAACUGUUCAUCUUGAAGUCAAAAAGAGUCCUGAAAGUGGAAAAUAUGAAUAUCGUUAUAUAUUUGUGGAUAUUGAUGGCUAUCCUAGAAGAACAAUAAUUGUUGAAGACAAAAGAUAGUGGAUAGUGGAUUGAAAGUUUUUCAUUGCCGGGAUAUUUGCUGAUAAUAUGCAGUGGAUAACAAUAGAAUAAACAUUGAGGUAGCAAGCCAUACAGUAUCUUUACAAAUUGUCCAUGUAAUUCAGUGAAACCAGUGGACCUAUAUAUAAUGCUGUUACAUAAAUACUGGAAAUAGAGAAUUAUGGGAAUAAUAGAAAAUGCAACUAAUUUUGAUACUUUUAUGUGGAAUUGGCAGGAAGUUCUACUGUAGCAAAUGUGUGAUUCAUCAAAGAUUGUUAAUGAGUGAAUCAGUUUUUAUAUACAUGUAUCCACAAGCAAACAUGCAUCCAUAACCUUCUAAAUUUUUGGAAUGAAUAUUUCUGUUUAAACUUGGAUUUCAUACCAAUAUUAUAAUAAAAAA